AUGUCGACCACUAGCACAACAACGAGCCAGGCGGCCGAGGCGGUCGUUGAGAAGAUCCCGCACGCACCAUCCCAGGAAGAUGCAAAGAACGCACUCGCUUCGCAGAUUCGAUCAUUAGGCGCGGGCGCCUUUGGUGGUGUCUGCUCCGUCAUCGUCGGCCACCCAUUCGAUCUCGUCAAGGUGCGCCUUCAGACCGCCGAGCGUGGGGUAUAUUCCUCGGCCAUGGAUGUUGUCAGGAAGAGUGUCGCAAGAGAUGGUCUGCGCCGUGGUCUAUACGCCGGUGUCUCGGCACCCCUCGUCGGUGUCACUCCCAUGUUCGCCGUCUCCUUCUGGGGCUACGACCUAGGCAAGCAAAUCGUCUCCGGCCUCACGACCGUCGGCCCGGACGGCUUCACCAUCGGCCAAAUCUCCGCCGCCGGUUUCUUCUCCGCCAUCCCCAUGACGGCCAUCACCGCUCCCUUCGAGCGCGUCAAGGUCAUCCUCCAGGUCCAGGACCAGAAGCAGCUCGCCCCCGGCGAGAAACCAAAGUACUCGGGCGGUCUCGACGUCGUCCGCCAGCUCUACCGCGAGGGCGGGCUCCGCAGCGUCUUCCGCGGCAGCGCCGCCACCCUCGCCCGCGACGGCCCCGGUUCCGCAGCCUACUUCGCCGCGUACGAGCUCAUCAAGCGCCGGCUCAGCCCCAAGGACCCGGCCACGGGGAGGCCGACGGGCGAGCUGAGCCUGACGGCCGUGACGUGCGCGGGCGCCGCCGCGGGCGUGGCCAUGUGGAUACCCGUCUUCCCCGUCGACACGGUCAAGUCGCGCCUGCAGACGGCGGAGGGGAACGUGAGCAUCGGCGGGGUCGUGCGCGAGCUGUACGGCAAGGGGGGGUUCAAGGCCUUCUUCCCUGGCUUCGGGCCCGCGCUGACGAGGGCGGUGCCCGCCAACGCGGCUACCUUCCUGGGCGUGGAGCUGGCGCACCAGUUCAUGAACAAGUCGUUUGGGGAGCUCAAGAAGUGA